CAUACGCAAUGUCGCCAUUUCCAUUUCCCAAGUUCCCUACCGAGCUUCGCUGUCAAAUCUGGGACAGUUUCCUAGAAACUGAAGAGCGAAUAGUAGUCGUAGACGCCGGUAAUUGGGCAGUUUAUCCUAUGAGACGACACAUCUCACCCCUCUUGAUCGUCAAUCGUGAAAGCCGUCAGGCCGCCAAAGCCUUCUACUCAUAUACCGUCAAGGUCUACCAUAUUUGCGAUAUGGGUAAAGGGACAGGGACCCGUCGGAGACAGCCUUUGGAAGUACCAGCAGGAAUAUUACAUCUCAACCUUAAUCGAGAUGUCUUCGUGAGUAGUUCAUAUUGGGGCGAAUAUUUUAAAACACUGGACGGACGCGACUUCAAAUUAUUGCGCGAUCAUACUACCGGCACUCUCCACUAUGACCGUCGUCAUAUAAAAGGCGCGUACACCAUUAAGUACUUUUUCGGAUUCCAUGGGCUUGAUUUUCCCUGCUUUAGAGCUGGCGACUGCUGCUGGCUCAGUCGUCUGGAUGUAGAGCGGGACAAGGAACAAGCGGAACUCUUUUUUAGGGCAUCAGCAGUCUUUGGGGCACGAAUUGACAAGGUACCUCACGACGAGUAUGUACUAUGGAACCCUGCUGGUCCUUUGAGCAUAGGUAUGGUUCUACGCCUCAACACCAAGAAGAUAUUUAAAAGCCAUUACAUAAAGGGGCGCAGGCCUCAAAGGUUCAUGGAACUGCCCCCCGGCGAAAUAAAUUAUAUUCGAUGACUAAGGCGACGAGAGCAAGUAUGUACUCUCCCC